CUAUUAAGACAAGACGUUUAAAAGCAACUGUUGCCUAAAGACAGACGUGAAAGGAAUUACAGUAAGAAAAGCCAGGCUUGAUUGAAGAGCAGAGGCAGCUGCAUCACUAUGAGUCUCAGUGAAUCAGACUUCUCAGAUGAUGAGCAAGAAGUCGAAGACGGCCAAGAGCAAUGUUGUGGUCAGCCCCUAAGUGAAUUUCAAACUAGAGAAAGUGGCAGUGAGGUAGAGGAGGCAAAACCCAAGAAGAGGACCAGGCCAGUAAGAUCAAAGGCCAGAAGAAUUGCUGCCAAUGUCAGAGAGAGGAAGAGGAUCCUGGACUACAACCAGGCAUUUAAUGCACUGAGGAAGGCCCUGAAGCAUGACUUAAGUGGCAAGAGGUUAUCCAAGAUAGCUACACUAAAGAGGGCAAUCAACAGAAUAUCUACGCUCUCCAUGUUUCUUCACUCUAGCCCUCCGCAGAAGUGGUCUUGCAGCCAUGCAGAAUGCCGCCUUCAAUAUGACCGGCAAAAGCAGCCAGAAGUUAAGGACAACCCUCAGCGGUUUGUGCAGACUCACCAAGCCAUACCUGCAAGUCACGCUUAUGAAGAAGCCUCCCAUUUCCAGCACUGCCAUUCUCCUCACUAUACAAGGCUUUCCCCAGAGACUUCUUAUAUCCAUUGCCAAUUUGGAAACUCAGCAGAGGAAGAUUUCUAUUCAAGCUCUUCAUACCACACACAUGGAAGUUACAGCAUUGACAUAAGAGGAACUUGCUAUCCGGGUCAUUCAGAAAACCUAGUGGAACCUUCUCCAGGAGCUUUUCCAUGGCAGCUGGGUUGUUUGCAAGGACCUAGUUACCAGCAUUCUCUUCCAAUGCACUGACAUUGGUGUCCGACAGACUCUUGGCAAUUUGCUGCUCCUACACAGAAAAACUGACAUUUUCUUUUAAAGAUCCAUUUGUAACAUAAAAAUGAACUGGCUUAUCUCAGGGACAAAGUAAUAUGAUUUACUAAGUGUUAUUAUGUUCAGCAGCAAAUGGUAUAAUGCAAUUUAAGCACUAAAAAUCAGUUAUGAUGUGUUUUACGCUGUGUAUUUUCUACUGAGCAUCAUUUUUUUUGUUAGUACUAAAACUAAGAUUCUGUUACAAAAUCACUCCAUGUGCAUGUAAAGGUGUAUAUAUAUAUAUAUAUAGAUAUAUAUAUGUGUGUGUGUGUGUGUAUAAACAAUUAAGCGGCACAGUACCUGACUGUGUAUACAGUAGUAUACUGGACUGCUCAUUCCAGAAAACAUGGACCCUUCAUGUAGAAGUGGGUUCAAGUAGGUCCUCCAGUUUGAUACUGUACAUGUCUCUGCUUAACCAUGUGCCACUGUCAUAUUUACUGUCUUGAGUGAGUGUAAUUCUGCUACAGAAGGCAUCGUGGGCACCCAUUUAGGCAGUAAAAGUAUUAUUUUCAAUUAUCAUCCCUUGAAAACGACAUACAUCAGAAGCAUUAACAUCCCUCCUUCAUUUGUUAGCCUUCAUAAGUGUUGAGUAUUUUUAGACCAUUUCUACUGGCCCCUAUGUGCAGGCAACAGGAAUAACCCUGAACCAUUAUAAGGGUUGAUAUCCAUGGUGCCUUGGUUGCAUUUUUCAAAAACUGUGCGCCCCUUUAGUUAGUUAGUUAGUUAGUUAGUUAGGUGGAGGUUGCUAGACCUCAUUUAUCUGUCCGCUGAAAUAAUAGAUAGAUUAAUGAAAUGUGCAUGUGAUUGUGUGUGUUAUAAUGCCUUGAUAUGUUUUUUAGCAACUUUUUAUAGUUUUUUUGCGUGCACCUUUAUCCUCCUUAGAGCCUCGGAGAGAAAGAGAGGUCCAGCAAGGGCUCCAUACAAUGCUCCCCCAGCUGCUAAAAAUCAACAUACAAAAUAUUCCUGUUAAUUUGAAAGAAAGUCAAAUGUUUUGAAACAAACAUCAAAUCUUGUAUUGUAGACCAUGCAGCUAUAUGUUUCUACUUGUGUUUUAUAUACUAUAUAUAUAUAUAUAUAUAUAUAUAUAUAUAUAUAUAUAUAAAUAUAUAACAAUGUCUUAGGACAGCACCUCAUGCCAUAAAGCUACUUGGUAGCUGCCCCUGUGCAAGGAAAUGUGUUAGAUAUCAAUGAAAAAUAAGCCAGCACCAAGGGUCUUAUUAUGAAAAAAAUGUAUAUUAGUACACAGUACACAGACCCUUUGUGCUGGCUUAU